AUGCCAGCGAUAAUGUCAAGACCACCACCGGGCCAUCCAGCACAUUCACAUUCCUAUGAUGAAUAUGAAACUCUAUCAAGAUCUUCAUCAAAUUCACCGCCCGAUGCAGACGAAUUAUGGUGCGAUCCCGAUGAUUUAUUGGCCGUACCAAUAUAUGAUCCCACAAUCGAAUCAAAUGCAGAUCCGUUAUUCCCUUCACCACAUAAAUUUAAUCUGAUGGUACAAGAUUAUCUACGUAAUUUAUCACCUAAAAAAAGAGAAAAAGCGUUAUUAACUCAAAAAAUGUAUGAUGCAGUUUUAUCAGUUUUACAAGAUCCCAAAGAUACUUCAACGAAAACUGCUCAGUUUAGAUUUUGGGCUAAAAAAAUGUUUCAAUUGACUAGUUUUGGUGGUGAAAAAGUUGUUUGUCAUGAUCACAAACCUGUAGCUGUCAAAGAACAAAUAUAUGAAGUACUUUGUCAUUGCCACGGUCAAGCUGGACAUGGUGGUAGAGAUAAGACAAGUGCUCAAGUCCGAAGGUAUUACUCUUGGAUCCCAAAAGAGAUUAUAGCAAGAUUCGUUAGGGAUUGUCCUUUCUGCCAAUCUAGGAGAACUCAGUCUUCAGCUGGUUUCAGCAACAUGUCUGAAUCACAAGCUUUCCUGAUCUCCCUCCAAACUUCCGAUACACAAUUAGCAAGCAAACGACCUGUUUCCUUAGCUCAAGCACGAGCGAAUGCAGCUGCUUUGGGACAUAAACCACAUAGAAGACCUUCUAUACGUACUAUCGAUUCAUGUCGGUCACGUCGAGGAUCAGCAGUUUCAGAUGAUGGUUAUAUUCAUUAUACGGAUGGAUCAACAUCAAUGAACAUGGAAAUGUCUUCUUCGUAUGAAGACGGUCAAGAUUCGUUGUACGUACCCUCAACAUACGAAUUCCCUGGGAUGUCUUCGAAUCAGGAACAAGACCAAAACCAAAACCCAAUCGAGAGACAAAAUCAGAAUCAAAUUCAAGGAUUAUUUAAUGGAGCACCACCAAUGCCAAGAAGAGCAAGCUCAUAUCAUGAACAAUUACUACUAGACGUUAAACCCAUCUCUUCGGAAUCAAUGAGCAUGAUUCGUAGAAAUUCAGAAUCGAAUAUAAAUAAUUCCCAACAUUUACAAUCACAAUAUCAUUCGAAUGGUUCGUUGAUAUAUUCUAAUCCACCGUCUACCAAUCCAGAUUUUUUAGGUGGUAAUCAAUUUUUAUCUGUACCUGGAAUGGGUGGAUUAUCAAGAACGACCUCUUCAUCUUCCCUAAACUCUCUGAACGAUGACAACCUAUCUGAUUUAGGAUAUUUCACUCAGCAUCUUCAGCUAGACCCAUCAUUAUCUUCUGAUGGUUCCGCGAUCGAUACGGGAAUGAACCUAGGUAUUGGUAUCGAUAGUAAAAAUGAUGAAUGGAGAGAAAAUAAUAUUUAUCCUAUAUCAGGUUCAACAACUCCAUUAGAAGGAAAUUUCAAUUUCCCAUUAACGAAUUUGCCUGGAAUGGAAAUCAAUUUCUUUUCAACUUCAACAGAAUAUAGCCAUGGCAAUUCCUUAUCAGUACCUCCAAGCACAUAUAUAUUACCUGUACCAGACUUCCCUUUCCCAGAAUAUCAAAAUUCUACAACGGAUGAACCAUACCAGAUAUCGGAUCAACAACAACAAUGGAAUACCAAUACGUCUGUUUCACAGCAACAUGCAGAAGAUCAAUCUACUUUGGAUGCUGUUGCAGCUGUUCAAAGGAUGUUUGAUUCGAAUAACAUUUUUGCCCUGGGUGAAGUGGCUGGAAUGACCGAAAAUGAAGUUAUGGAUCUACACAACGUUGAUCCAGCCAUGGGAAUGUUGAAUUUGGACGAUUUACGAAAUCAAUUAGGUGUUUCGCUGGAUUUUAACAAUGAUAACAAAAAUAUAACGACUGUGAUUGUUAAUGAACCUGAUAAAAGUGAUGAGAUUAAUGCGGAAUUGGAAGCUAUUAGUAUACUUGCUUUAUCCACUCAAGAUACCGAUUCAGAUAAUUCUGGCAUCCUGAAUCAUCAAUUCGAGAUUAGUGAAGAAAGUUGUCGACAAAUGGAAAUAGCUUUAGCUCAAGCUGUAGAAGAAGUUCGGCAAAACUCCAGACCAGUACCAGCAGUGCCCAUACCGAUAUCUGCACCUACGGUUAUCAUACAGCAACCAUCAGACAGCAACAUAUUUCUCUUCACUACUUCAUUGGCGAAUCAAUCAUAUCCACCACCUGUGUUGGUGGAGGAACCCAAGUCAGAGUUCAACCAGGAUUUAGAUUUCAGUAAUUGGGCAGUAACGGAAUUCGCCAUGUCGUGA